GCUGUUCUUCCUCGGGCUUUCCCGAAAAUGGCAUGGUCAGAGAGCGCAUUUGCAGUUUAUGUCGCUUCCUAUCGCCAUAAAAUCACAAAAUCAGAGAAGGGUUUGUGUUGCAAGGGCCUUUAAAAAGCAUCUGGUUACAAACCCCUGCCAUGAGCGACUCUUUCCACUAGACCAGUUUGCUUAAAGCCUCAUCCAGCCUGGCCUUGGACACUUCCAGGGAUAGGGCAUCCACAAAUUCUCUGGGCAAUCUGUUCCGGUGCCACACCUCUCCCUUCAGUAAAAAAAAAAUUAUUUUCAUUAAUGAAAAUUUCAGUAUCUAAUCUAAACCCACUCUCGAUUUAAAUCUCUUACCCCUUGUGCUGUCACUACAGGCCCUUGUAGAAAGCCCCUCUCCAGCUCUCUUGUAGGCCCUCUUUAGGUACUGGAAGUGCUGCAGGAUCUCCCCAGAGCCAUACUGAUGCAUGUUUUUCAAGGGUGAAAAAAGUGCUCCCCCAAUGCUCGCUAGGAAGGAAAGACCAGGAAAUUGGCGUAUGAAACAGGAGCAACUGGUCAUGGUUGAGCUGUCAGGAAUUAUUGAUUCAGACUUCCUAGAAAAAUGUGAAAACAAGUGCAAGAUUUUGGGAAUAGAGACAGAGAGGCCCAUUUUACAAGUCGACAGAUAUGUAUUUGCAGGAGAAUAUGAAGAUGCUUUGGGAACCUGUGUGGUUUUUGAAGAAAACACAGAGCAAGUAGAUGCAGAAGGCAACCAAAAAGUACAGUUGAAAUACAAGUGCCACACAGUGAAGAAGUUGAACAUGACACGGACCCUUCUGACAGAAAAGAAGGAAGGAGAAGAGAGUGUUGGUGGAGUAGAGUGGUUGCAGAUCAAGGACAGAGAUUUUUCCUACAGCAGGCUUAAUAUGAUUUGCAGUUUUCUGCCUGAAAAGGAUGAUUCUGAGGAGUCAGCUCAGGCCCAAGAUAAAUUGACUGAAGAGUCAGAGGGAGAGGUGAGUGGCAAAGGCAAUUCUAACAUGAACUGUGACCUGGAAAAGGAGCACACCUUGGAAAUAGAUGCCCCUGUUCCUUUGCCUGACAGCUCUGCUUCUGGGGCAGAGGAAUCUCCUUCUGAAAAUGCUGCCUUAGAGGAUGUACCUCCAUGAUACUAACUCUGAUCUUUUCAGGAUUUCUUCACAGAAUUAAUGGGCCAACUUUUAUAGGCCAUGACAUGGUUUCCACCUUCUCUGAAAAAUGGAUAGUGGAAAAACAGACGUUAUGUUCUUGUGCAUUGCAUUUGUGUUUGAAUUAUAAUGGGAAGGGCUUAAUUGUUUUUUAAAAUUACUGACUGGAAAUGUAUGUAUCCCUACCUCAAAACUGGACAAGUGGAAAUGGUUACAUAAUUAAAAGAAACUCCUAGCUUAGAAAAAUGUUGAUGUAUUGUACAGUCUGAAACAUUUUGUAAAAAGAAAGAAACACCAUUGUUUAAAAUAAAGACCUGAAUUUUUCAA